GGCUUCACCUGCCCAUGCUGAGAACCACAGCGACGACAAAACCGGGACAGCCUGAGUUGAGCUCCGGCGGGAAGAUAAAAACAUGAACCUUAUUGUCUCGCUUUGCUGCUUCAAUCUCCUCUUGGUGCUUGAUUAUGUUCGAGGCAAGCCCAUGUCGGAUCUACAGAUUUUAGAAGAGAUCAAUGACAUGCCUCAUCAAUCUUCAGAGGAGAUGCAAGAGAGAGGCGGCAAUACAGAGAAGUCAAAGCUUGGAGCUCGAGAGGGCCACCCAUGGGACUCCCCCGAUCCCAGCAAUUCAGCACUGGAGGCUAAAGCACACGUUCUUGCCUUUCUCUUCAAAGACCUGUUCCGGACCUCCAAGCGAAACUGGGGUCGGUACCGGAAAGGUGGGAUGAGGAGCUGCUUCGGCGUCCGCUUGGAUAGGAUCGGGUCUUUCAGCGGAUUGGGAUGUUGAGGGAGUGUGUGAUGAUGAUGAUCCAUCAGAAAAGUAUUAAACCGUGACUCUCCAUUUCUUA